AUCGGCACGAGUGUGACGCAUGCAGAAAUCGCUCCGGGUCGUCGGGUAUAUAAACCAUCCGCCAAAAAGCAGAGGCAUCACACUCAGUUACUGUUCCAUCAGCUACUGAUCUUCCAAAAGCUACCCAAAUCAACCAUGAAGUGCUUCGUGGCUAUCCUCCUCUUGGCUCUCAUCGCCAUCGCCAUGGCGGCGGAAAAGCCCGCUGAGCCCGAAAAGACCAAGGAGCCGCAGGUCGCCGAUGCCGCCAGGGAUAAGAGAGGACUCGCGUACGGACUUUCGCCGUACGCGUACCCGUACGCAUACAACUCUUACCCACAUUACCCGUACACAUACGGGUCAUACUCUGGAUACUACCCCUACUACCGUAACUCAUACGCUCACUACCCCACGUAUUACAACCAAUACCCUUACUACUACUAAGUUACACAUCGACACAUCGAAAGCUACGGUGACUCGGGAUUAAGAUGGGCACAAGAUGAAAAUCUCAUGGAAAAACCUCAUUACCUCAUGGAAAUCUCACGGAGAAGAAGUUCUGCUCUCGAGAAUUGCAAUCUAAUCGAUCCCGAAAAAUUCCUGGUGCAAGUGUAUUCGCAUUUGGUUCUUUGACUGUCGAUUCCUUUUUCCUAUGCUUAUUGUAAUAAUAAAAUUGCACUACAUUUAAAAGAGA